AUGGCUGACAGAACAGCUCCGAACUGUCAUCUCCGACUAGAAUGGGUUUACGGCUACCGGGGACAUCAGUGCCGCAACAACCUGUACUACACGGCGGCAAAGGAAAUAGUGUACUUCGUCGCCGGUGUUGGAGUAGUGUACAAUACACGAGAACACAAGCAGAAAUUUUACCUGGGACACAACGAUGAUAUAAUCAGUUUAGCUCUUCAUCCAGAGCGUGUGUUAGUAGCUACAGGACAAGUGGGGAAGGAGCCGUAUAUCUGCGUGUGGGACUCCUACACAGUUCAGACUGUGUCUAUCCUGAAGGACAUGCACACACAUGGCAUCGCCUGUCUUGCCUUUGACCUGGAUGGGCAGUGUUUGGUGUCAGUGGGGUUGGACUCCAAAAACACAAUCUGUGUGUGGGAUUGGAGGAAAGGAAAAGUACUGGCUGCUGCUCCUGGUCACACAGAUAGGAUAUUUGACAUAUCAUGGGACCUGUACCAGACAAGCAAGCUAGUGAGCUGUGGAGUCAAACAUAUCAAGUUUUGGAGUUUGUGUGGAAAUGCGCUGACGCCAAAACGUGGCGUAUUCGGCAAAACAGGUGACCUCCAGACUAUCCUGUGUCUAGCCUGCGCCAGGGAUGAGGUCACGUAUUCAGGUGCCUUGAACGGUGACAUCUACGUGUGGAAGGGGAUCAAUCUGAUACGAACAGUACAAGGUGCACAUGGGUCUGGAAUAUUCAGCAUGAACGCGUGUGAGGAGGGAUUUGCCACAGGAGGUCGGGAUGGCUGUAUUCGUCUCUGGGAUCUCAACUUCAAACCCAUCACAGUAAUAGACCUCAGGGAAACAGACCAAGGUUACAAAGGGUUGUCGGUGCGUAGCGUGUGCUGGAGAGGAGACCAUAUUUUGGUGGGCACUCAGGAUAGUGAGAUCUUUGAGGUGGUGGUGCAUGACCGGACCAAGCCUUUCCUCAUCAUGCAGGGCCACUGUGAGGGGGAACUGUGGGCCCUGGCUGUGCACCCCACCAAACCUCUGGCCAUGACCGGCAGUGAUGACCGAUCUGUCAGGAUAUGGAGCCUUAUAGAUCAUGCUUUGAUAGCACGCUGUAACAUGGAGGAGCCUAUUCGCUGUGCAGCAGUGAGCACUGAUGGUAUUCACCUCGCUCUGGGCAUGAAGGAUGGCUCCUUCACUGUCCUCAGAGUCAGGGACAUGACAGAAGUGGUCCAUAUUAAAGACCGUAAAGAGGCCAUUCACGAGCUGAAGUACUCUCCUGAUGGUGCUCACCUGGCAGUCGGCUCCAACGACAACUCAGUAGACAUCUAUGGGGUGGUGCAGCGUUAUAAGAAGGUUGGAGAAUGUGUGAGCUCCACCAGCUUCAUCACGCACAUGGACUGGUCCACUGACAGCAAAUAUCUACAGACCAAUGACGGCAGUGGGAAAAGACUCUUCUACAGAAUGCCCAGUGGGAAGGAGGUUACAAACAGAGAGGAGCUGAAGCUGGUGCAGUGGUCCUCAUGGACUUGUGUGCUGGGUCCAGAGGUGAAUGGAAUUUGGCCCAAAUACUCAGAGAUCAACGACAUCAAUUCCGUGGAUGCCAACUUCAAUAAUCAAGUUUUAGUAACAGCAGAUGAUUAUGGCAUGGUUAAGUUAUUUCGAUAUCCAUGUGUAAGAAAAGGUGCAAAAUUCAAAAAAUAUUUAGGGCACUCUGCACAUAUAACCAAUGCCAGGUGGUCACAUGACUACCAGUGGGUGAUUACUAUUGGUGGAGCAGACCAUUCUGUGUUCCAGUGGAAGUUUAUACCUGAGAGGAAAUCAAAAGAAACUCUUCAUAUAGCACCUCAAGAAUCUUUGGCAGACUCAAACAGUGAGGAGUCAGACUCAGACCAAUCAGAUGUACCUGAGAUGGAUUCAGAGAUUGAACAAGAAACACAACUCACAUACCGGCGUCAGGUUUACAAAGAAGAUCUACCUCAGCUGAAAGAGCAGAGUAAAGAGAAGCAUCGAGCCAUGGCAAUGAAGAAAAGAGAGAGAGCCCCAGCCAGUGGGAUCAGACUGCACUUCAUCCAUGGCUAUAGAGGCUAUGACUGCCGGAGUAAUUUGUUUUACACUCAGACUGGAGAGAUAGUUUACCAUGUGGCGGCGGUGGGAGUCGUAUACAACAGACAGCAGAACACGCAGCGUUUUUACCUGGGCCAUGACGAUGAUAUCCUCUGUUUGGCCAUCCAUCCACUCAAAGAUUAUGUGGCCACGGGCCAGGUGGGAAGAGACUCGUCCAUUCACAUCUGGGAAACAGAGUUUUUGAAGCCAUUGUCAGUGUUGAGAGGGUUCCACCAGUUAGGAGUGUGUGCACUUGACUUUUCAGCGGACGGGAAGCGGCUGGCAUCUGUUGGGCUGGAUGAUAAUCACACCAUAGUGCUUUGGGACUGGAGGAAGGGCGAGAAGCUUUCUGCCUUUCGGGGGAGUAAAGAUAAGAUAUUUGUCAUCAAAAUUAACCCGUACAUGCCUGACAAGCUCAUCACGGCUGGGGUUAAACAUAUGAAGUUCUGGCAUAAAGCAGGUGGAGGUCUGAUAGGGAAGAAAGGGAGUAUGGGGAAAACAGAGACCAUGAUGUGUGCAGUGUAUGGAUGGACAGAAGAGAUGGUCUUCUCUGGCACCUGCACUGGAGACAUCUGUAUCUGGAGAGACAUGUUCCUGGUGAAAACAGUCAAGGCCCAUGAUGGACCUGUGUUCAGCAUGCAUGCCCUGGAGAAGGGUUUUGUGACUGGAGGGAAGGAUGGUAUCGUUGCCUUGUGGGAUGACACGUUUGAGAGGUGCCUCAAGACCUAUGCCAUCAAGAGGUCGGUCCUGGCCCCCGGGUCAAAAGGUUUGCUUUUAGAGGACAACCCAUCCAUUCGUGCUAUAUCUCUGGGUCACGGGCACAUCCUUGUUGGAACGAAGAAUGGAGAGAUCCUGGAAGUCGACAAAAGUGGGCCCAUUACAUUGCUCGUUCAGGGUCAUAUGGAAGGUGAAGUGUGGGGGUUAGCCACUCACCCUCACUUGCCCCUGUGUGCCACAGUGAGUGAUGACAAAACCUUACGCAUCUGGGACCUCUCUCCCAGCCACUGCAUGCUGGCCGUGCGCAAGCUGAAGAAAGGAGGCCGUUGUUGCUGCUUCUCUCCGGACGGCAAGGCUUUAGCUGUGGGCUUGAACGACGGCAGUUUCAUCAUCGUGAAUGCAGACACCCUGGAGGACCUGGUGUCCUUCCAUCACCGCAAGGACGUCAUUUCUGACAUCCGCUUUUCUCCUGGUGCUGGAAAAUAUUUGGCUGUUGCCUCGGCCGACAGCUUUGUGGACAUAUACAACGUAAUGAGCAGCAAACGAGUUGGAGUUUGUAAGGGAUCUCUGAACUACAUCACCCAUCUGGACUGGGACAAGAGAGGAAAGCUAUUGCAGGUCAACACUGCGGCUAAGGAGCAGUUCUUUUUCGAAGCCCCUCGUGGGAAAAAGCAAACGAUUCCUCCUACAGAGGUGGAGAAGAUCGACUGGAGCACGUGGACUUGUGUGCUUGGCUCUUCCUGUGAGGGGGUCUGGCCAGUGGUCAGUGAGUUCACCGAGGUAACUGCUGCCUGUCUUAGCAACGACAGAAGGGUGCUAGCAACGGGGGAUGACCUUGGUUAUGUCAAACUCUUCAGGUACCCCGUCAAGGGGAAGUAUGCAAAGUUCAAGCGCUAUGUAGCCCACAGUACUCAUGUGACUAACGUUCGCUGGACCCACGACGACUCUCUGCUGGUGUCAGUGGGCGGAGGCGACACCUGUCUGAUGAUCUGGAGUCAUGAGGCUGAGGGGUGCAGGGAGGUGCGGCAGUGUGACAGUGAAGAGUCUGAUAUUGAGAGCGAGGAUGAUGGGGGAUAUGACAGUGAUGUCACUCGAGAGAAUGAGAUCAACUAUGUCAUCAAAGCUUUAUCCACCAACAUUCGACCCAUGUCAGGGGUCAAGCCACAUCUGCAGCAAAAGGAGCCAUCUGUGGAUGAGAGACAGGGGGUAGUCAGAGGGUCCAGGCCUCCUGUGAGUAGAGCUUUACCUAUGCCAGAGAAGCUACAGACCAACAAUGUAGGCAAGAAGAAGAGACCCAUUGAGGACCUGGUACUGGAGCUGGUGUUUGGUUACCGUGGCAACGACUGCCGUAACAACGUGCACUAUCUGAAUGAGGGAGCGGAUAUCAUUUACCAUACUGCCUCUGUGGGGAUUGUACUUAACCUGACAACAGCCUGUCAGAGUUUCUAUGCAGAACACAGCGAUGACAUUCUGUGCCUGACGAUCAACCAACACCCUAAAUUCCCCAACGUGGUGGCAACUGGCCAAGUAGGUGACACCGGAGACAUGUCAGCAACGUCGCCCGCCAUCCACGUGUGGGACGCCAUGUCCAAGCAGACCCUGUCCGUACUGCGCUGCUAUCACUCUCGCGGCGUCUGCUCCGUCAGCUUCAGUGCCACAGGCAAACUGCUGCUCUCCGUAGGCCUGGACCCUGAACAUACCAUCACUGUCUGGAAAUGGCAAGAAGGUGCCAAAGUAGCUAGUCGGUCUGGUCACACACGGCGGAUCUUUGUAGCUGAGUUCCGGCCGGACUCGGACACGCAGUUUGUGUCUGUUGGGAUAAAGCAUGUUCGGUUCUGGACACUGGCAGGUCGAGCCCUGCUCAGUAAAAAAGGAGUACUCAGUUCCAUAGAAGACGCCCGUAUGCAAACCAUGCUCUCAGUGGCCUUUGGAGCUAAUAACUUGACAUUUACAGGUACCAUUAGUGGGGAUGUGUGUGUAUGGAAGGAACACAUUCUAGUGAGAAUUGUGGCCAAAGCUCACACUGGUCCUGUAUUUACCAUGUACACCACCCUACGAGACGGACUUAUCGUCACGGGGGGCAAAGAGCGACCGUCUAAGGAAGGUGGUGCUCUCAAACUGUGGGAUCAGGAACUGAAACGCUGCAGAGCUUUCAGGCUGGAGACGGGCCAGAUCAUCGACUGUGUACGCUCUGUCUGUCGGGGCAAGGGUAAGAUUCUGGUGGGCACUCGGAAUGCUGAGAUCAUUGAGGUGGGUGAGAAGAAUGCAGCCUGUAACAUCCUGGUGAAUGGACACAUGGAUGGACCUAUCUGGGGCUUAGGAACCCACUCCAACAGAGACGUCUUCCUGUCUGCAGCAGAGGACGGUACUGUGCGCCUCUGGGACAUUCCAGAGAGGAAAAUGCUGAAUAAGGUGAACUUGGGCCACCCAGCUCGCACGGUCAGCUACAGCCCAGAGGGUGACAUGGUGGCCAUCGGCAUGAAGAACGGCGAGUUCAUCAUCCUCCUCGUCACUUCGCUCAAGAUUUGGGGAAAGAAGAGAGACCGUCGCUCCGCCAUCCAAGACAUCAGAUUCAGUCCAGACUCACGCUAUCUGGCCGUGGGCUCCAGUGAGAAUGCAGUGGACUUUUAUGACCUGUCAUUGGGGCCACAGCUAAACCGCAUUAACUGCUGUAGAGACAUCCCCAGCUUUGUUAUGCAGAUGGACUUCUCAGCCGAUAGCUGUUAUGUCCAGUUGUCCACGGGUGCUUAUAAACGUCUGGUGUACGAGGUGCCUUCUGGGAAGCAGGUGGUGGAGCAGGCGGUGAUAGACAGAAUCACCUGGGCCACAUGGACAAGUGUCCUGGGAGAUGAGGUGGUGGGAAUUUGGUCCCGUAACACAGAUAAAGCAGAUGUAACGUGUGCCUGUGUUUCCCAUUCUGGCCUCAACAUAGUCACUGGAGAUGACUUUGGAAUGGUGAAGCUAUUUGACUUUCCAUGUCCAGACAAGUUUGCGAAACACAAACGCUUCUUGGGUCACUCCGCCCAUGUGACCAAUAUCCGUUUCACCAGUGGAGACCGCUUUGUCAUCAGCGCUGGAGGCGAUGACAGGAGCCUGUUUGUGUGGAGGUGUGUGCACGCCCCUCACUGA